AUGCAGCCCACUCACCCCAUCCGCCUUGGCCUCGCCUUGAAUUUCUCAGUGUUCUACUACGAGAUUUUGAAUGCCCCUGAUAAGGCCUGUCAGUUGGCUAAACAGGCAUUUGAUGAUGCCAUCGCUGAGCUCGAUACCUUGAAUGAGGAUUCAUACAAGGACUCAACGCUCAUAAUGCAGCUGCUGAGGGAUAACCUCACAUUGUGGACCUCUGAUGCUGCCGCAGAUGAUCAAGAUGCAGGAGAGCAAGGCGAGGGAGCGAAUUGA